AUGGACUUUUACGGCUUUGCGCCGAUUCUGGCCAUUUUCUACUCCACGUUCCAUCCCACCGAGGGUCCACGAGUCGAGGUUCAGGUGCCCCGCGACUCGAUUGUGCCUGAUGCCGAAUCUCUGGAUCAGCCCGGAGCUCUGGUGGCCUUCAACGCGGUGAAAAACUACGUCAUCCCCAAGCCGCCUCUGUGCAACCGCGUCGUAACCAUUAAAAGUAACGCCUACCGAGUCUCUUCGUACCCGGUUCACAUCUACUCCAACGAGUACGCGCGAAACUCGUUCAUUUUCAACUUUGCAUUCGUCUUCAGCUACGAGUCAGCCUCGGGAGCCUACGAUGCAGCCAUCAGACGGAUAGGCAAGAUGUUCGAGGCGCUGGAGAUCCAGAGCAAACUUCUGUCGGCCCGACCAGACAUUGUCUUCAUCGACAAUAUCAUCCAGCAGCUGUUCCAGGACCUAAACAACUACUCGGAAUGCCUCGUGGCCAUCAACGACUCCAACGCCAUCAACAUUAAACUGUUUCCCAUUUUCCCGUCGCCUCCAGACCUCAGAGCGUCGUACGUUCCCAUAGCAACUGUACGUCUGGAACAAAUGGUGGACGAAAACUGGGAUCCCACCAUGGAGAAGAUUGUGCCGUUUAUCAAUGGGAUCAACUCCAUUCGUCGGAUUGCAGACCUCGCAGAUGCAGACUACAACCUCACCAAGGAUUGCAUUCAGCAGCUCAUGUACUACAGAUGUAUCAUCAUCGUGGACCUGUUCCAGUUCUCCAACAUUUACGCUCCCACCUCAGACAUUGGAGAUUUCAUUGAAGACGCAGAUAUGGGUCGAGAAUGCCAGGCUUAUGUCUUUUCACCUGCAGGAACCCUCGGGGGCAUGAUGCCUGCUCCAGGACUCAAUAGAAAACGACACAUGUCACGAACCAGCUUGUUUUCGAAUGAACUCUCAACUUCUUUCAGACAACGAUAUGAGCGCCAGAUGAGAGAUCAAAGUGGGCACUUGAGUAUUCCUCCUUUGUCUUCGUCGGCCACAUCUGCAUUGUCUACCUCAUCAUCAUCGUCUCUUUCUCAGCGGUCCAACUCGUUCUCUUCUUCUCACUCCAUGUCAGGAACUGUUCCCUCCGUUGUACAACUGUUCAAGUUGUACAAGUCGUUGCAUCAGGGCCAAACUCUCGGCGACUGGUAUGCAGAGAACCAAAAGGAGCUCGUCAACAUUGAUAUUCGGCGCUUCAUCACCUUUGGCGUUAUCAAGGGUAUUAUUUACAGAGCUCAUUCAUAUCCCAUUUUGGAAGGCAUCACUCCUUUCAACAGAAACAGACACGUGCAGGACGUUUCCGCAACUCCUCGGGGAGGAAGACGACGAGUGGGUCUGGGCCCUGAUCAGGAGCGAAUCAAGAAAGAGGAGGUAGAUGGAGUCCUGGCCAAGCUCGUAAAGCAGCCAAAAAACUUUGACGCUAUUUCUACAGCUUUACAGCUGCCCAAGGAAGAUGUGGAGAAGGUACUUAGUUCCGAAGGUGAAUGGGCUAUUGUGACGGCGUAA